AUGGCCACAGACUUGGUCAAGGUUGAAAUCAUUGAGAGGCAAACAGUCAAACCAGCAUCCCCAACUCCUCAUUCCUCGAGAACCAUACAGCUCUCUGUUUUGGAUCAGAUGGUUCAAAGUCACGUUUACGCCCAAACGCUUUUCUUCUAUUCCGCCAACAAUAAUAUUACUUGUUCAGAAGGUGGAGCUACUUCUACAGACAUGGCGGCCAUGAGGAUGAAGGAGAGAGAUUAUUGUCAGGAUCUAAUUCGGUCAUUGGCUAAAACUCUCACUCACUUCUAUCCUUUAGCAGGAAGAUUGAGUAAAGGCCAUGACAUGAUCCAAUGCACUGAUGACGGAGCUGAGUUCGUGACGGCCCGAGUCAAAUGUUCCUUAUCGCAGAUUUUUGAACAUCCAGAUCCCGAGAUGCUAACAGGGCUCGUCCCAGCAAUUGGACAACCUGACGGUGAUGGUGAUGGUGUUUCCACGAGGCUCCCGUUGCUUGCUGUGCAAGCCAACUUGUUCGAGUGUGGAGGAAUAACAAUAGGGUUAAAUAUGUCACAUAAGGUUAUUGAUGGCAUCACAGCUAGCGCCUUCAUCAGUUGUGGGCCAAAACAGCCCUUAAUGAUGCCAUCAUCAGCCGAGCUGGUGGGCAUCAUUAAACAAGACAAGUGCAUAACAAAGAGAUUUGUGUUUGAUGCCUCAAAGAUUGCCACCCUCCAAUCAAAUUUGGCCAGCGCAUUGGCACCUCAUGCACCGACACGUGUCCUUGUAGUUUCAGCACUCAUUUGGAAAUGUGCAAUGGAAGCAUCAUCCAAAACAUCAAACAUACCACCAUCUUCGAUCCUACUAACUAUGGACUUGCGUAGAUGGUUUGAGCCACCCUUGCCACAAAACUUGGCUGGGAACGUUGUUGGUAUUUUAGUAGUCACCGCAACAGCAUCAUUAAAAGGUCAAGAAGAGAGUAAAGAGACAAUAGAUCUAAAAGACUUGGUUGCCAAACUCAGUAAAGGUAUUGCACAACAGAAAGAAACUUAUCCUACAAAACUACCAUUUGAUUCUAAUGAGGCAUGGCAAAGGGCUCAAGAAUAUGAAAAAUUGAGAGGGAAUGUUGACAUGUACCAUUUAUGCUCUGGAAUUGGUGUAGGCUUCCGUUUUAUGAAACCGAUUUUGGAUGGGGAAAGCCGACAUGGAGAUGGCAAGGGAAUAGAAGCAUUGUUGAGUUUGAGUGAAGAAAUCAUGGAGCAUUUUGAAAGCAAUCCGGAGCUUCUUAAAUAUGCUUCUGUAAAUCCAAGGGUCAUGUAG